AUGCCGCUCAGGCUGGGAAAGAAGGUCCAGCGCGUCGCCCGGGCGAUCGCGGAGGAAGUGAACGUCGCCCGCGGCGUCGGGGCGCGCACCGAUAAGCACGGGCGCGCGAAGACGUCGCUGUGGGAUCGAGGCAAGGCGACGAUCGCGGCGACGAGCGUGGAGAAGGAACACGCGGAGACGCAAUUGGCGUUUUCAAAGGCGACGAAUUUCGACGACGUGGCGCCAAAGGAGAAGCACGUGCAGGUUUUACUGCAUAAAUGUGGACAACAUGGGGACGGACAGUCGAGAGCGUUUGUUUUGGAGGCGAUCGCGAAACAGAUCGCGAGCGCGAAGCCGUGGCGGACGAUGUUGAAGACGCACGUGGUGUUGCAUCGGUUGCUCAGAGAGUGCGAGGGCGGAGAGUUCAAGCACGAGUUUUUCAGGUUUUUGGAGUUUUUAUCUCGGAAAACGCACGCGCCGAAGGAGCAGACGUUGUUUAACAUUCGGUACUGGAAAGAUGACGCGAAUUCAAACGCGACGGAGCUCACGGGAUGGACCCGGGCGUACGCGGCGUACCUGGAGGAGCUGUGCGCGCUCAACGCGCACGUCCGAAGCAUCGUCGGUAGGAGCGAUGCGAAUGGCCGAGGUGUGGUGAAUCCUUUGAAGGAUUGUGAUUACGCGACUUUGAUGCACGUCAUGCCUCUGUUGCAAACGCUGGUGAGGCGAAUCACCGAUUGCGAGCCAAGGUCGGCGGCGGUGAGAGAGAAUGCCGUGUCAAGCUUCGCCGCGGGUCUCGUCGCCAUGGACUCUUUGAUGAUCUAUCGCGUCAUGAACGAGGCCGUAAUCAACUUAGUGGACAAGUACUUCGACACGAACAAGGUGGACGCGGGCAAGGGGUUGACGAUUUUCAAAAAGUUUUUGUCGCAGAUUGAAGACUUGCAGAGGUUUUACGACGCGUGCGCCUCCAUCGGGGCGCUCGAGAACGGGAGCAAAUUCACCAAGCUCGAGGCGCCUCCGGCGACUUUUGUGAAGAGUAUGGAGGAAUACUUUGAAUCGGCGCCUCGAGAGGGGUUGCCGCUGCGUGAGCGACGAUUAGCAGGCGCUAAGGCGUCGACGGGCGCGAGCACGUCCGCCGCGCUCACGGUGAACCUUCCGAGCUCAAACAGCGGCCCGGAUUUGAUCGCGGCCGCGCCGGGGCCCGCGGCGCUAUCACCGUCUGGCAACGUGAUCGAUGCGCUCAGUCAGCUAGAACUAGGAGCGCCAAGCGCGCAGGCGAAUGAUCCGUUCAGUGCCAUUCCGGCGCCGCCUCCAGCUCCGGUGGCUCCGGCCAGUUCAAACGCUCUAGAUCUCUUUGCGGGUCCGUCCGGUUCGUUGUCCGCUCCAGCAUCUUCGAUGUCACUGAGUAACCCGUUCGGGGGCGCUCCGGUCGUAGCACCGCCAGCGUACGGCACCCCAACACAGGCUCAAUCGAACACGUCCUCGCCGAAGGGCACAAAUCCGUUCGGUGACAAUCCGUUCGGAUCUCCUGUGCAUAAGCAGAUCGACAGAAACACGCUCGAUAAAAUGUAUGCAAGCUCGCCGCCGCCUUCGCCCAAAGGUAACGCCGGCAUGAGCAACAUGGCGGCGCCGUACAUCAACCCAGCCUUCAUGGCUCCGCAACAGCCGUACGCAAACAGUUCACCGCAACAGUUGGCUCUCCCGGCUCCCGGAGCACGAUUCCCUCAGCAGGGUGUUCCGCAAUACGCCAUGCCACCGCAACAACAGUAUGGCUCGCCGCAGUACGGCGCGCCGCAACAAUACAGGCAGUACCCACCGCAACCGCACGGCGUCCCACCGCCAAGGCAGGAACCGCCCCUACACCCAGCGUUCCGAAGCCCCAAUCCACCGGCAGCCGGUUCGUCCGCCGGGCAAUCGCCCACGACCUCGAGCGGUAGCUUGAUUUGA